UUAAAGUUUUAAAAAUUUUCUUUUAGAGUGUUCAAUAAAUGUUUAUCCUGUCCGGUCCAUGACCUAAGGUGUGUUUAGGAUUUUGGCCCCUUGUGCGAUGGAGUUUGACACCCCUGGAAUAUUGGAUCUGACCACUGUUGUCGUCUUAAAAAAAUGAAUAAAAAGAAGCUUUAUGGAGAUGAAGACUGAUUUUGCUGUCAUUUUUAUUUUGUGUCCACUAAAAGAUAUCAAUAUCUGACAACCAGCUCAUUGAUUCCUCAUUACCUCAUGUCUUGGGCUCACGUACAGUGUAGACUCCCUUCUCUUUGAUUAUGGUAAUAAACCAUUCAGACUUCUGCUACUUGUGUAGAUUAUUUUCACUCUAUAUUCUUUCAUUAUUACUGAUGAAUAGUAAUUAUUUUUUAAUCUCUUAUUGGAAUCCAUGCAAUUCUAAUCAGUGGGAGCAGAUGGAAAAUCUGAAGAGAUGUUUUUAUAAUCGGCACAUUUACAAUCCAAGUUGUGGGAAAUUGGAGAAGAAAGGUUGAGCAAGAGAUAAAACCUCAUAUUUGUCUUGGCGUGAAGUGUUUGCUUCAUCUUUGUUGCACAAUACCACAGAAACAUGAUUCCCAAAAGCUCAAUUUUUGCCAGACGGGGCGGUGGCACCAUUUGGUGUAUCGUAGCCAGAAAUUGUUUCCUCACAUAGGUGUGUCUGAUUAAAGACAUCGCUAUUAUCCGCAGUGCUAGUCAUCUUUCGGUCUGAGCCAUGGCUUUUAAAGGUGUAUGUCAUGAGGGUGUGGCGGGCUUAAAUGUGGUUAUGUGGCGAGUGGGAGGGUAAUGGUCCCAUCUUUGUGAAAAAAAAUGUGAGAAAUAGAUUCUAGUCCAGGUAACACACGCUUGGAGCGCUCGGAGCGGGUAAGUCACUGAGAACAGUGCAGGAACGUUUAUUAGAGACGGUACAGGGAAUGCCUCCUUUGCUCUUGUCUAUUUGCAGAGUACGAGUCAGAUGAGACAUUUGUUUGAUUUAUCUCUUGGUUUGUUAAUAAAAGGGAAGAUCAUUUUCUUUUAUGCUUGCAGUUUCUUCAUUAUUGCUUGGUACUUAGAGCUGUAAUUGAAGUUGUGCUGCGUCUUAUGAGACCGCCGCCAUACUCUGAUUGUUCACAACUGUUUUGAAAUUUCAUUAGCCUGUGAAAUGCCUCAUUCAUAAUUAGCUGUAGUGGAUGUGUGCCUUUGAAGGUCAGUGUAAUGUCAGUGGAGUGUGGUGGCAGAACAGAUGUCAGCUGUGUGUUCUAUAUCAUAAUGAAUUCAAUUUCUCUUGAGCUCCUUUGUGCUUUGGGGGAACUUGUCACACCUUUCUUCCUUGAAUCUGCUGGUCCUGAAACAUCCUGGUCUUUAAAGCUGAUGAUGGAGUCUGCCGAAGCAGUAGCAGCUGAUGUGAACAGUAGAAGAAGCGUGAUUGUCGAAAUCACAAACCUCACCAACAAUUAUUGCCUCUUGAACCCCAAGGUUCACCUUGAAAACGGGGUAACGCACAACCCCCCUCAACCCAGCGUGCGCCCUCUGAAGACGGAGGUUUGCACUUUCACGAAGUCCAGCGGCAGCGCCACCGGAAGCGUUGGCGUCCUCACCUACGACCUCUUCGAGAGGACGCAGAGGGACCACACCGAAACCCUGGCCAUCAUGUUCUCAGUUCCCUGGGAUUACAACUUGUACAAAAACUGGUUUGCGGUGGGCAUCUAUAAGAAGGGGCGCAACUGCGACAAAGAUUUGUUCAAACAGAUGUACUACGAGAAGAAGGAGCGUGAGCACGGCUUCGUCAGAGCGGAGGCCAAUGGGUCAGGGAUCAAUUAUGUGGGCGACUAUCUUGAUAUCAAGGCCACCAUGUGUCCCAUGGGCAAUGCCAUCAUGAAAGUGGAGGUGUGGGACAAGCUUUUCACCCUCAUGGGCCAGCAGGCCGUUUAAAACCGCCCACUAAUUUGAACUAGCAGAUGAUUUAGCAACAUUAUUUAACAGCUGUGUUGUUGCUGACUGGUGACUAAACGUCUGGGUAUUACCCUUCAUGAAAUCUGGCUCAGACCAAAGUUGUGUUUAAAUCCUGGCAGAGCCAUCCCUUCUUUGGAGCCAAAGCCUCUCUGUAUUUCAAUAGCGUUUAGCUUUAAACUGGCGUCUUUAGAAAUGUAAAUCAAAGCAUGACUCAACUAAGGAUGAGGGCACACAGCUUCAUGAAACACACGAAACGCCUGUCCUAACUUACCUUGACACUGCAGUCUGAAAUAAACUGCUUUCCUAAA